CCUUGACCACAGCUCGCGCUGCCCCCACAGCUUGCGCUGCGAGCUGCUCUAUCUCUCAUAGCCAUGGCGGAAGAUUCGCUCGCGAUUUUGCCGCGCAACAUGGGGCAGCAAGCCGUCGCGGGACAGAAGAAGAAGGCCGCACCGCGAAAGUUCAUUCCGGCUCAGAAGGGUGCUCUGAUCACAGAUAACCCACUUGAAGAGGAAUGUCCGUACACGUUCUCGGACAGUCCUGCCUACCUCAGACAGAAAAAGGCCGAAGAUGAGGCCAAACGAGCCGUCGAAUUGGAGGGCAAGGAAGAAACGCGUGGAUUCCUGCGGAGCGUGGAAGAGCUCGCACAUAAACAAAGGUGGGAUGAAGCAUUCCAAGUUCUUGAGAAGCGAACGGCUGUGCCCAGUGGUCUUUUCCUGGUAACUCGCGCGCUCUUGCGAUGGAAGUUCUGCCAUUACAGCUCUGCAUUGCAUGAUGCUGAAGAGGCACUGAAAAAUUAUGGCAGCUCUACAAAGGCAGGACCUUUGGCAGCUGCCCUUGCAUCAUUUGCCCGGCUUUGCUUGGGCUCAGAAGUCCAAGACAAGGGCUCUUGCUCAAAAGACUUGCGUCCUUUGCUGGAUGCUUGGGAGCAGGCUGAACACGCAGCACUAACAAGGCAUGCUCUUGGCCAAGGCCUUUUCAAACCGCGAAAAGAAGAGCGUUUGCAAGAACCAGGAUGCCCUGUGGAUGGCAUGCAGGCGGAGGACGGCACGUAUUCAGCUGGUGGAGGCAUCCGCUUGGGGUAUGUCCUGUUGAAAAAUCAAAAAGACCUCAAUGCACCAGUGGUCCUUCACUUUCACGGCAGCGGAGAGACGGCAGCAGACUACCUGCGACCACAGCUGGCUGAAAAAUAUAGGGACCUUCCCGUUCACUUAUUUGUGGCAGACUACAGAGGAUAUGGUUGGUCAGGAGGGGAACCUUCGUUGGCAACUUUCCUGAAGGACGCAGAGCCUCUGGCAGAAAAACUGCCAGAGCUGUUUGUACAGCACGGCCUCUCUUGGCCAUAUCCCGGUGGUCUGAUACUAUCUGGCAGAUCCAUUGGUGCACAGGUGGCUGUGCACUUGGCAGUGCUGUUCCCGACGUUGUUCAGGGCGCUCGUUCUAGAUUCCGCUGUUGCUACCUCCGCAACGGGAGACCGCUUAGGAGAAGCGAGACUGGCAGUGUUAAACCAAUGGCACAAGGAGCUUGAAAACGCCAACCUGGAGGUUCUACAACCACUAGAUGCGGACCUGUGGAGACUGGGGACUUUGGACAAGAUGCGCGCUUUCAAUGGUCAGUUGCUGCUGCUUCAUGGUCUUGCAGAUGAUCUAGUACCCUACGAAGGCAGUGAAAGCCUCCAUGCAGCGACACCAUCGAAACAGAAGGAACUGGUGCUGGUGAAGGAUGCGAGUCACAACAACAUUGGACAUCACGCAGAAUAUUGGCACGCCUUGCGGAGGUUUGCGUUGAAGGUUCAGCUUGACAGCACUUUGCCAUCAGUUGGUCCAGCGUUGGAGCACCUCUGUGCCGUUUGUGCGCAGAAAGCUGCCUCGAAGUGUGGCCGCUGCCAAAAAGUCUGGUACUGCUCAAGGUCGCAUCAGGCAGAGCACUGGAAGACUCACAAGGCCUCUUGCAGUGGCACCGUAGAGCCCAAGGUUGUGAAAGAGGCGGACGCAUCACUGGUGACCCUUGUUCUUGCAGAGAUUUCCAGCUCAAAGUCCUUGACGAAUUUGACGAGAACUUUGGCAACGGUCUUGACACAGGAGCAUGUCGCUGGUGUGUACAUCAGCUGGCAUGCAGAUACUGCAGAUCUUGCCAGAGAGGUCGAAGCGCAGCUUGCCCAGACUCGAGGAAAGAGCUCCAAAACUGUGAUGUGGUUGGAGUCGAGAGUGAAGAAGUCCGACUUUGAGCAUCUGAAGGCCGCAGCGGCGCUACUGGCCGGAGCAUCUCAGGCAUGGGUGUCUGUGGUCCGUCCUGGGCAGAUCUGGAAUCCAAGGUUCUCAUCACUGGUGAUGCCGACAUUGCGGCGCGCGUCUGCAGACUCUCGUGUGACUGCAGUACGUUGCACACGAUGUGUGAGGCCAGUUGAAGAUGGCAUUUGUUCCACACAGGAAGAGGUCGAAAAGGCACUGGUAGCCGGUACUUGCAAGAUCUCAGAGGCACCAGAAGAGGUGGACUCCUUGCUGGUUCAUGCCAAGACACUUCAGGUGUUCCUGGACACUACGCCGCUGCCUGCUUUGCAGCAUCCCUUUUGCGCUUACCGCUACGUGCAGAAGAUGUGCAACGCUUUCGGCAAGAAGGUGAUGGACGCUGCUUUGCCUGAAGGUGAAUGGAUGCGCUUUGAAAGCAAGGCUUUGGCAAUGGAGGCUGAAGAGCAAGAAGAAUCAGGCGACAAUUUGUUGCGUGGACAGGAGCUGGUCAAGAACUCUUCACAAAGGUUUGGCGACACCAGUGAGCCCACAGAAGAGCUGCCCAGCAGGCUAAGUGAUGCUGAUGAAGCUGCAGAGAUGAUCGGUGGCAUAAGGACUUCGAUCACUCGGCGGUUGAUUCUCAGAGCUGGCGAGACCCUUGAAGCAAAGGAACUCCGAGAGCUCUCGAUGGAUGUUGUGACCGAUGCUGUGGAGGCUGCUGGAUUGGAUCAGGUCAUCGGCAUUCAAAGCUGGGCUCGGCAGACAGCACUGGAGUUGGCUCAGGCUGCUGCUGACAAGCUUGAUGUCAAGCUUCGCGAGAAGUGAGUUGAUCGACUUCCGUGCUUUAUCCAGUUCAAUCCAAGAUUUUAAGAAAUCUUUAAGUGCCAGCACACUGGUGGCAUUUGGCGGCUCUUUUCCCUGCCAUGCACAGAACGAUGCACCCCUUCGUGUUCGGGAGAAAAAGA